AUGCACUCUUCGCCAAUGCAUUCCACGAGGUAACUCUUCCGAUUCCAAUCCGAAAACACGUUAAUCCAUUCCAGAAAAUCCGUAUAUCCGCGUCCGAAGUUCGAAGGAUGGAAACUCGCAAAGAUCUCUUCGGCCCUCCAAAUCUUCCAAAUCGUCAGUCGUCCCCCGUUCCGUUCCCUUUCGAUCCAUCCCUUUCUCAGAUCGGAAGCCUCGUCUCGAUGGUGCUCAUCGGCUCCGUCGGCUCCCAAUUCCCGCCCACGUACGCCGCCCUGCUCACUUGCGUCUUCGCCACCAUCGGCUCCGCAGUCUUCCUGAUUUGUGACGCAUUCAAUAUAAACGAGACUGAGCCGGAUGAAUGGAUAUUCUGGGUCAGUCGGAAUGUUUCAUUUCGAGGGAAAUCAUGUUUAAUUUCAGGAAAGUGUGUUCGUUUCAUCGUUUUCUUUUCUCUUUUCCAUCAACUCGCUCACAAUGCUCUACAGUUCAAUGAGAUGGAAUAACACUUCUUGGUGGCUGGCACUGGUAACUUUUCCCCCUUUUUGUUGAAUCUCUUCGAACACUCAUUCAGAUUGUGUGCUCUCUAGUGACUAUCUCGUUUCUUCUCAGUUUAAUCCAUGUGAUGCGAAAGCAAACGAAGGGGCACAUUGCAGUUGCACAAGAGGAACACGUCGUUCGGUUCAACACUCAAAUGAAUCGUCGUAUUUGA